CUAGGGGUAUACAAUUCUUGUACAAUUGCUAAUGCCUUCUCACCACACCUAUUACUACGGUAUUCUACAUGUGCCGAGAAGUUCUUCACUCAACGAGAUAAAGAAGGCUUACAAGAAGCAAGCGUUGAAGUGGCAUCCUGAUAAGAAUCCUGAUAACCGUGAGACGGCUGAGAAGAUGUUCAAGGAGGUAGCCGAGGCCUAUGGGGUCCUCAGUGAUCCUCAGAAGAAGCGGAUAUAUGAUACAUAUGGGAGGAGUGGUCUAGAGAGAGGCAAUAGCUCCUCUGGUGCAUCACACGCAGCUGGAGGAUACCAUCAUUACGAUAUGAACGACGCUUUCUCGGUCUUUGAACAGUUUUUUGGGAGUCACGAUCCCUGGCAGCAGUUUGAUGAUCUGGUCAAUGGUAACUUACUACGAGCGAUGAGCUCAUCAUCGAGUAGAGGCGGGGGAGCUUGGAUGGGAAUGUCCGCCUUUGAUGAUCCUUUCUUUACCCAAGGAUUCACCGGUCAGAGUUCAUCGAGGAGAACCAACUUUGCAAACUUUAGCAGUAGUGUCAGUUCUGGUGGCUUCGCUCGAUCAUCUACUGGGAGUGCUGGUGGGGAUAUGAGCUCCGGGAUGAGUCAGAGUACGUCCACCAGCACUCGUACUGUCAACGGCCAUACAAUGACUAUCACUGAGAAGCAAAUACGCCACCCAGACGGUAGGAUUCAGAGGUCAGUGACAGAGAAGCGAUACGACCCACGUACUGGGAAGACUCAAGAGCGGCGGUCAAUCGAGGAUACGGGGGGCAUGUCCAAAAGGUCUACUGCCGACAAACACUUGGCCUUCGCAUGAGGGCCUCUCUCCAGAGCUCAGCUUUGAUCAAGCGUUCAUAGUCGGCAAGGGUCUAUGCGUGCUGUAAGAUAGUGUUCAGUUUCGAACCACUGCCGGUAUAUUUUUUGGUACUUUUACCUGGUACUUUUUUAGAAUUAUUAUCCUUCUCAUAAACACCACAAACCCAAUACUGACGAGACACUGUUGUUCAUACGAUUUAAGAGUGCUGCUUACCAUCCGUGCUCCC